GGUGCGUUGUGCACGAACACGGGAACAACUGCUCCCAUGAGCUAAAACCCUAAAACCCAAGAGGCUUAGAGAAGCAGUGCAGACUGAGACACACACACACAGUGAGUAAGUUGGAGCAGGACAUGGCCCUUGGGCCUGGAAUACCGCUACCAGGUGGACGUGGAAGCUGAUGCAAAGUUCAUCUGAGUCUUGGAGUGAGUGUAUUGGCCGAGUUUUUCGCCUAUGCAGACGGAUGAGAUAGUUAUCAUUAGUUUAUGGGAAAAUCGUUCACCGUGAGUUCUUUGUUGGAGUUGUCGGAAUUGGAGGAUACACGGUAUGAUCUAGGAUUUCCUACUAUUAUAGUGUCGGCCUAACAUUGGCUGAACCUUACAAUGGGCGACGGCGAAGGUACGGAGGUCUUUAAGAACCUAUUUGGAGGAUUUUCUGGAAGUUUAUCACUUUUCGUAAAUAAUCCCUACAAGAGAGAGAAUGAUUCUGAUGCUGCGGGUGCAAUUAGUAAGUCUGGUGUGAUUUCUUCGUCACGACCGGAGUCGCUGAAGAAUGGAAAGGAAAGCUCUGGAAAGGAGGAUGCAAAGAAGGCUGUUGCAGAGCUCAUCACUGACUCCGGUCACGAAAAGAAGAGAAAAAAGAAGAGUAAACAAGAAAAUACUGUUGAGGAUGGCAAUGGCACAUCAGAUGUUCCUGUCUUAGUAGAAAGUAAGAAAGAUAAAAAUUUGAAGAAAAAGAAAGGCGUUACAGCACUUGAAACCGAGACUCCGAUUGCUAACUUGGGGGAUGUUUCCUUAAACUCGACGCCUAACAAGCAUACCAAGGAACUUAGCGUCGCGUCGAAAGAGGAACGGCCCAAGCGAAAUGUAUGUGAUGAAGAAAUCGUAGAGGACUUUGAAAAGUUUUUCAGGGGGGUAGAUGUCAAGAAAGUCAAAAAUGAAACCAGCGUACAAGGAGUGGUUUCCGAGGAUCCCGAGAUUGACAGCAUUCUACAUGAGUCCCUCCAGGAAGACACAAAGAAGCAAAGCAAGAGAAAAUUUGAUGAUGAGGAUGGUAUACUAUUACCGAAGAAGAAGAAGGAGAAGAAGACAAAGCAAGAACUAGAAGAGGAGGAAGAGAAACUUCUUCGGACUAUUUUUGUUGGCAAUCUCCCUACAACCGUGAAGAAGAAGCAGAUAAUUCGAGAAUUUUCUCAAUUUGGAAAGGUGGCAAGUGCUCGAUUGCGUUCUAUCGCUCUUGUCGACACAAAGCUCCCACGAAAGGCUGCUGUUAUCACUGGUCAGGUCAAUGAAAAACGCACCAGCCAGAAUGCAUACGUAGUUUUUAAAGAGCAAGCAUCAGCAAAAGCUGCUCUAGCACAUAACAUGGCUGAGUUUCUAGGAAAGCACAUUCGCGUAGACAUGGCCACAGCUCCUCGGAAGGACCGUACACCUGGUCCUGAUGCAGCAUCUGAGUAUGACCGAGCUCGAUCGUUGUUUGUGGGGAAUGUUCCCUUUGAUGUAGAGGAGGAGGAUUUGUACAAGGCUUUUGCUACUGACAACCCUGAGCUGGAUGUUGAAGCCAUAAGAGUUCCAAGGGACCCUCAGACCAGUAUUAGCAAAGGCUUUGCGUUUGUACUCUUUAAAACUAAGGCUGGCGCACACGCGGCUCUAGCGAGGAAGUCCACGAAAAUAGGCGAGAGAUAUCUGAGAGUUGUCCGCAUGGGCACCCAACGUCCUAAAAGUUUGUCCAAGCCUUCUGGUCAGGACGCAGGGCAUUUCAAACGUAACACAGGAGCGAGCAAGCGAAUUCCUGAAGGUGCUGCAUCGUCAGGUAAGAAGGGUCCACUUCCAUGGGAGGGCGCACGAGCUGCCAAAUCAGACGGCAAACCAGGAAAGGGAGCUAUUGGACGCCAUGAUCCCAGACGUACUUCACAAGGAGGUGCAAAUAAAACAGGUGAUCCAGGUCCUAAGAUGAGGCUGACGAAAAGGCCUGCUGUUUUAGCUCGCAAGCAAGCUGCUCUAUUCAAGGCUGGCAAGGGACCAGCUCCUCCGAAGAAUGUAGGGGCAAAACGAAAAAAUGACAAAAAUAGAGGCCGCAAGGCGAAGAAGGCCAAGUGAUGAGUUGUUAUCAUGCAUCUUGACAGGGGAACCUGUUCUGAUUGCUGUCGUGGUAAAGGGGAAAUGGAGAAAAUGGUCCAGGUUUUUUGGUUUCAGUAUUUCGGAUCAGUGCAUGGAGGUCGCAUCAGGAGUUCGUUCUCAGUUAGCUCUGUUAGCACUGCAGCUAGAGAGCUUUGUGGCGACGUUAGGAAGCCUGAUAUUUCUUGCAAAUGGGACUUUUAGAAAGACUUGUACUCUUGCUUUAAAUGUAACAUCAAUUCUUGUGCAGGAAAUAUCUGGGCAAUUGUCGGGCAAGCUCAGAUUGUAUGGACAACUAAUCUAUUGGUUUCUCUGUAAAGAUUUCGAGCUGUGCUGUUAUGCACGCCAUCUAAAUGGUUAAUAUGAGAAUCAUUCUCUUUCGAGUUGUGCUGCUAUGGCACAUCCCAA